UAUACGGAACUAUUAAUUGAGUCAUUAAUUAAUACAUUAAUCUAACUAUCAUUACAGUUGGAGAAUAUGUCAAGAACAUAUUCCGUAUUCUUAUCGUGUCCAUAUAUCGUGUCAUAUAUGUACACAAGCAAUAAAUAUUCCAGUGGAUGACACUAGCUAUACGUAAAGCAGGCUCUAGUAAUCAACUAUUUUGAUCGCAGGAUCCGUGUCGGCUGAUACAGAGCUGAAAUAUUGAUUUUAUGUUCUUUAUCACGCGUUUACAGCUUUCGCACACUUAAUAUUUAAUAAUGUUCUGCAUACAUAAUGCUUCCGAGAAAGACAUUUGCGCAAGCAUUGCAGCGUAUGCUCAGUGCUUCGUAAGAAUAAAGAGUAACAUAGACUUUCGAGUGCACGCGGAUUUACUAGACGCCCAUUUUAUUGUACAUUUCGUUUAAACAGUUACAAUUAAUUUGGAUUGAAUUCAAAGCAACUGGAAAGAUAGAUAUCGCAAUAAGACAAAACGGGCAUUUCUUAAUUUAUGUGUGAAUGGCGCGUUAAACGUUUUAACAAAUACAAUUUAAAGUGUGUAAAUUAAAAAAAUAUUUUACGCACAGAUGUCUUGUAAAAAGGAGAAAAGAAGAUCAAAUUAAAAAUGUAGAAGAUAUUUGUAAAUCAUGAAAGAUAUCUGAAUGUACAUUCAAUGAUGAAAUGUAAUAGGGAAGCGAAGUAGCAAUAAUAAUUUUAAGUUAAAUUAUGGAACAAGAUAGUCAUUAUAAGCAAGUCUUCGAUUCAGUUGAAAACUUAAUCUACAUGGAUGCCAAUAAGAUCCGCAAUUUCCUCAAAAGCUUAAAUAAAGACAACGUUGCAGAAGAAAUAAGUAAGCAGAAAGUGAUCAAAACAAAAUCAGAGCCACGUCAAAAUUCAUUUCGGAUGCUUAGGAUGUCAAUAAUAUGUUUCAAGCUCAUUGGUCUCGCUACGUUCACCCAGCAUGUCGUCACGCGGAAAAAGAUAACGUCAUACACAUUUCAAUACUCCGAAUUUGGGAUUGUUUACAAUGUCGUGCUGAGUAGCCUGGUGAUCGCCUCGAACUAUUUGUCAAUACCGAACAGUAUGAGCAUGGAAUACGAAAACAGGACGAAUUUGACCGUAAGCAUCGAGAUUCUGCAAAGUGUACUCGGUACCCUGAUGGUGUGCGCUGUUUUGCUUAGCUAUUGCAUGAACCAGAAGUCCCUGGUGCGGAUCGCUAAUCGAUUAAUGGACAUCGAGCACGAAAUAGAUCGUUUAUAUCAUCUGUACCGUCCGCUACGACGACAGCGUAUUUUCUGUGCUCAGGUCAUCGUCUGCGUCUUCAAUGUUUGCCUGUUAAUCCUACUCGCGACCUCCGACUUCCUGGCCUUCCAAUCGGGCCCGACGGACUGGCUGACGGACAUUCUGCCGACAUUUCACGUAGGUUGGCUACUGAUACAGUACUUGCUGUUGGUCACGGUUAUUCAAGCGGAUUUCGCUUAUGUGAACCAAGCGAUACAGAGCCUUACUAGGGUCAGCACACACGAGUCUCGAUCUCAGUCUCUGUACCAAACGCGCCGAGUCGUAGUCAGCAAUUCCACUGUUCAUCAGCUGCUACAACUGCGAGAUAUGCACUGUCAUCUCUGCGAAAUUUCCGAAGAUGUGUCUGACUUUUAUGCACUACCAGUACUGUGCGGCCUCGCUUUUCUUUUUCUGACACUUAUAUAUAACGGCUACUAUCUUCUUUCACCUCUAUUGAUAUCCGACGAUAUUUUACAGUACAGGGUUCUCAGUAAUACCGUCAUCUGGUUAAUAUUUCUGACUUAUCACGUUUCUCUUCUCGCCAACAGAAUUACCAAGACUUUGAACGAGGUGGAAAAAACAGGGAAUGUGGUGCACAAUAUUUUAUGUUGCGCGAUCGGCGAAGAGACAAAGUCAGAGCUCAAACAAUUUUCGCUUCAACUGUUACAUCGCAAAGUACAGUUUACAGUCUUCGGAUACUUCUCGCUUGAUAACAGAUUUUUUCAUUCGCUGAUCGGUACGGUGGUUACGUAUUUGGUGAUACUUGUGCAAUUUCAAAUGGGAAGCUCGUGUUCGUCGAAAUCGCAACCAUGUAACUGUACAGGAAGAACUUUUAAAACAGAAUAAUAAACUCAAGAUAAAAACGGACUGGUAUAUCGAGAUUCCUUAAAUACAGUGAAACAUCAAUAUGCAGCUUUGUAACUUUCUAAUAUGUACGAUAAGUUCUGAGAUUUGCAGAAUUAGAG